AUAUUUUGAUUAAAAAGAUCCAGUAUGAGUGGUGUGGUUACCCUUGUUGUUGACUCCCAACCAUUGUCCGUUUUUUGUCAUAUGGGAAAUUUUGGGUGUGGAGACGGAGGAUGGACGCCAGUCAUGAAGAUUGACGGCAGAGAGACCACCUUCCAUUAUGAGGCGCAUUAUUGGACAAAUUACGAUGAAUUCAACCUUCUCGGUGGAGAGACUGGGUUUGACGAGCAAGAAUCAAAGCUACCCACCUACUGGAACACAUCAUUCUCCAAGAUCUGUCUCGGAAUGAAGAUCAACCAACAGCUCAGGUUUAUUGUCAUCAGUAAGUUGGCUGACUCUCUGCACUCACUAAUUGCUGAUGGCCAAUACCGCAACACCUCACUGGGUCGUGACGGGUGGAAAAAGUUGAUUGGCAGCAACGCCUCUUUACAGCGCAACUGUAACAAGGAAGGAUUCAAUGCUGUUGGUGAUCGUGAUCUUGCUAAAGUCAGAAUUGGUAUUGUUAGCAAUAACCAAAACGACUGCUACUCGUGCAACUCUUUGAUUGGAUUUGGUACAGGAAGUCAUCCAAAAGGCGCAAAAUCUUGCGGAAACGAGGCACUCCAUGAUAAGUUAGAUGAUGGAGGGAAUAGUAUCAAAGCCAUGGGGUACAUAUUGGUGCAAUAAAACCAAAUGCUGAGGACUAAGUCCGUAAAUAACGUUUGUUUCACCUUGGGGACGUCUUAUUGCGACAAAACAUUUUGGGCAACGGUCGU